AUGGAUCUUGAUCAAAAGACGCCCCCAGGGCUCCUUUACAGAUACCAUGGAUCCAUGAAGGUUGGAGAUGUCCAUCGAUUCAUAAUUACUUUUACUCCAGAAAAUAGCAACGAGACUAGCGACUCUUUGUUUGUUAGGGUUAAGAACACGGAAACUGUGCUAUUACGUCCAAACGUUUUAACUGGCCCAUAUAUGUUCUACUGUGAUAUUGCACCAUAUAAUUUUGAUCACAAGAAACAUUGCUAUAUUACUGCGGAGCAACCACACUAUAAUCCAAGUAUUAUGCCUGGACAAAGUAUAAAAGCUGAGUUAUCAAUGCACACAUUGAAAUCAAAAUAUUGCUGGACGGUGAACGUGUCUUCCCAAAUUGUGUUCAAUCGCUCUUCAGAGGUCAACUUUGAAGUUGUUAUAUGUGAUAAAGUUGACCAACUUCAUAGAAAUUACUACGAGAAUUAUACUGGGGUGUUUGACGAACGGCUUGAUGUUCAGAGUUUGAGCACUAUCGAUUUAUGGAACAAGCCUCCACCCCUCCUACCUUCGGAUCAGAAUCCAAUUCAUUUGGUCAUACUGACCCAUGGCUUAUACUCAAAUUCCACAGCUGAUUUGUUAUAUCUCAAAGAAAAUAUCGAACAGGCUUGUGCAAAGACUGGGGAAAAUGUAGUUGUCAGAGGCUAUACAGGUAACGUAUGCCGUACUGAAAGAGGCGUAAAAUACUUAGGAAGACGACUGGCAGAAUGGGUAGUUCAAAUUGUUAUUCCAGAUUUAGGUGCCGGAUCAGUUGGGAAGAUAUCAUUUAUUGCUCAUUCGUUAGGAGGCUUAGUGCAAACGUUUGCAAUUGCCUACAUCCAACACAACUGGCCCCAUUUCUUUGAAAACAUACAACCGGAAAACUUCAUUACACUUGCAUCACCGCUACUUGGAAUCUCCAACGAGAAUCCCGCGUAUGUGAAUAUUUUUCUAUCAGUUGGCAUUGUCGGCAAGACUGGACGGGAUCUGGGAUUAAAGGGCAAUAAGCCUCUCUUGUUGUUAUUACCAUCCAGAUCCACAAGAGGAGUACUUGCAAAAUUUAAGAGGCGAACUGUUUAUGCGAAUGUUGUUCACGAUGGUAUAGUGCCUCUUAGAACAGCUGCUCUCAUGUUCUUAGACUGGAAAGGUCUUACAAAAGUUUAUAAUGCUCUCAAAAACGAGGGAAGUAUAGAUUCAAGCGAAUUUGAGCAAUCUGCAGAUGACAACCAGGUUGGAGAAAUUCCAGAAACUAUGGAUAAUCAAUACGAGACUGACGAAAAUGAAGAAGUUACUAUGCCACCGGAGAAUUCUGGAAUAGAGAUUCCAACCGAGGAAACUUCAGAUAAUAAAGGUGGAUUUGGCUGGAACAAACUAUGUUCGUGGUUUUCUGAUUUAUCAACACCCUCAUCAAUAAGAAAGGAACGAAAGGUUAAGAAAUAUCAGAAAUUCCAAACUUACGAAGCUCCGGAUCACAUUUCUGACGCUGUUGAAGGAAGUAGUACCACAUCGAAUAAAACAUUGAAGGAUGCUUCAAUUAUUCCAAAGACUAAUGUCAUAUCUGGCAUCAGCCGUGUUCUUUUGCCUCCUGCUCCCACUGCUAAAUUCUUGCUUGAUCCUUCAUCCAGAAAGAACAUAAUUCUUCAUGACAAGAUAUACAAACCAAGAAUGAUACCUAAAAGGAAAAACAGAAAGGGAUCUAUAGUGAAGAAUGCGCUCAACAUCAGCCGAGGUAGUCUCGAGGAAAAAAUUGCCAGAAAAUGGCAUAGAGGUUUAAGCUGGAGAAAGACGUUUGCCAAUGCCUACGGAUGGCCGGUUGUUGAUCAUUUAGUUCAGAAUCACUUUAGUGAGAGAUGCUAUAAGGAGGAAGAUCUAGAGGAGUAUAGACUAACAGAAGAGGACGAACUGGCGGAUAGAGAACAGGAGGAAGAAGAAAAUACGAAUGAUGGCGGCGAGUUGGAUGAUCGAAUGAUAAAUCUCUUGGAUAAAGAGCAUCACAAAGCAUUAAAGGAAAACAUAAAUUUGCUAGGGGCAGGUGUGCAAGAUAGCAAAGCUAGUAAUGAUUUUAACCAGUUGCAUGAAACAGAGGAGCGCAAUGAAGAUAAUGAGGAUGAAGCUGAAGAUGAAGAUGAAGAUGAAGAUGAAGAUGAAGAUGAAGAUGAAGAUGAAGAUGAAGAUGAAGAUGAAGAUGAAGAUGAAGAUGAAGACGACGACGAUAAUGAUGGUUGGAUUAGUGGAAAUAAUUCAAUAUGUUAUGAUGGUCCAACUGGGAUGCUCAACACAAUUCCAGAAGGGGUGAAUAGCCAAGUUAAAGCACUGAGAGAGACAUUCUUUUCUGGUGCCAAAAAGGAGGAUGAAAAGGAAAAGAAGAGAAACAGGGAGGAUUCAACAAAAGUCAAUGGUCAAGGGGAAGUUAUCCGGGAUGCUUUUGUCGACGAUCCCUCACAAGUAAUGAACUCCUACAUAUAA